AUGGCAGACGAGCUGGAUGAUGAAUUGGAUUACAGUUUUGAUGCUGCUGGUAGCCCCGGGGGUCUUGAGGUUGACUUAGAAAAGAUAGAGGAGCAGUUGAGUGACGUUGACCGAGAAAAAGAGCGCAGUGCCGAGGAGAGACCUGCCAAACGAGCCAAAAAAUCUAAGACCAAGUCGAAAUCAGGGCUGGCAGAGAAAAAGCAGCUGAAGAUGCAGAUGGCCGUUGAAAGUAAAAUGAACUUGUCGAAAAUGGAGCCAUCUGUUAUCGCAGACUUUAUUUUGGCAAAAGUCCGCGACGAUAAAGAGAACAAAGAUCUAUCUGCGCUUGAACUCCAAGAUCGAUCCGUCCCCCAGGCGGCGAUUGUUGACUGCAGCGUGUUUACCAAUGAAACAGACUGUGAGCUUGGAUCUUUUCCGGAAUUUUUGAAACGGUUCAAACUCGAUGAAGUCUCUUCUCCCGAUUUGGUAUUGGUUUUGUCCAUGUCUGCUAUUCGAGUCUGCGACGUCGAUCGAGCUUGCCGCAAAACCGGUGGAGGUGCCAUGAAAUUCAUCAACAAAAACAAGCUCGAUUACGACAAGAAAGAGCUCGCAUCCAAAAAGACCAUCGCCGUCGCUACUCCAGGACGGGCCACCAAGCUCAUCGCCCAGGGAGCUCUUGAAGCAGGCCGUAUCAAGCACAUUGUUCUGGACAGCUCUUUUCUGGAUGUGAAAACAAACAACGUUUUGGAUCUGCCCGAAACAAUUCCUCUUUGCUCUCAGCUAUGUAAUGAUGGCGCGGUGCGCCUGUAUGUAUUUUAA